CCUAUGUAUGGGUAUGGAUAUCGACAGUCGAGCAAGGAGGACAUGCGGCUGGAAGCGUACCCUGUCAAGCAGACUGCUUAUCUCUCGAUGACCAGCAUCUUUAUACGUCGAGGUAACUUCGCUUACGACCCGGUGAAGGGUUUCCUGGAGUCUCCAUGGCCUCAGGGGGGAGGAGAGCGUCAAAAGGGCAUCCACGAGUUUGCAGAGUUCAUGGGAUUUACUAUAUACUUAUACUCAUAUCUACUCCGUACGGAGUACUGCUCUCUGGAUAUAUCUACGACAGGCUCCAAGCUGAUACAAAGGAAACAUCCAGCUAAACAACUGGCUAAUUGUGAUGUGUUCCAAACACAGAAAAAGAAUGAAAGCUUUAAGUGGGAAAAGGGAGACUUGCAAAUGCUUAAUAUUAUGCUUCCUGCCGGAGACUGCAUCCUCUCUUCCCCGAGCAAAUUACGCGAGCCAAUCCACAUCUGCGCGGACGAACUGGCUUUAACUCAGUGUUUGGACUGUGGGGAAGAGAAGAGGACGGCCCUGCUGGUCGGUUUGUGA